CACAGACAGUGUCCUUUAACUUUUAGUUCUUUACCGCUCAGUGUUUUGUUGGGACGCGUUGGAUAUUUUGUGCUGGACACUGUUGGGAAGAGGUUUAACAUUAUCACUGGGUCGCUGUGGUUUACGUGCUGUCCAUACAUCUUUCCACCCACUCACACACUGACUCCGCCUCGCUGUUCCCGGUAGACCUGACUGAGUUGACACUGCGGAGACAUCGAGACGAUCAAGGUGCUGUGGGUGACUGCUUGCUUUCCAUUUUCCCAAGUGUUUUUUCUUCUUUUUCUCCUUCUUCUUUCUAAUCCUGGACAUCACGUCGUCUGUAUUUGCCUACUGUGUACAGUAGCAUUAACUGUUAAAAGGAUUUUUUUUGACUUGGAGUACAAGAGGAUCCGAGGAGUUGACGCGUUCUCACAUGGAAUAAACGCUCAGACGCUCGAGGACAACAUGACUGUGACUCGGGAGUUUUUCACGUUUUUAACCUGCAUCGCCAUGUUAAUGGUAUACCACUGUAAAGCAGAUAGCCUUCCUCCUCCAACAGGGCUGUCAUAUAGGUGGCUCGACCCAUUUACAGUCAACGUGUCCUGGCAGAAGCCCAGAGGUGUGGCAGAUGGCGAGGUGCAAUACAAAUACCGCCGGACGGACGAUGCAACAGAUAAUUCAUUGGCAUGCAGUGAAUGGAGAAAUUUCACAGAGAACCUUCUCACAGAAGAGACGGGUUCCGAUCGUUGGACGUUUGAAGUUUGGACUGUUGGCAUUCAAAACUGUGGCAAAAGUUUGAAUGACAGCACACAUGUGUCUGUUACCAUUCAAGCCCCCAAGCCCAGAGCUGAAGUGAAGGACAUCAAAUGUUUCAUCUCCAACGAUGACGCGAACUGUUCCUGGAUCUCAGGAAGCCAGCCUUUUAACAUCUCCUAUAGGACUUGUGGACGCACUGAGGAAGUCUUGAAGAGUUUAAAAGAGUGCGAUCAGCCUUACAGCAGUAGGACAAGGAAUGGCUGUUACCUGAAAUUUGAUGCUGUCCACAAUGACAUCUGCAUGGUUGUGACCACUGAAGCUGGACAGAGCACCUUUAAACCUCCACGCAUGAUACAUUCACCAAAACUGAACAUCAAAGAAGAAAACAAUUGUCUCAACCUGAGCUGGACACUUCCAGAGAUCAUAAAAGAUACGUGCUGGGAAUUGGAGGUCUGUUUCAAGCAAUGCAAUAUGCCUAAAGUAUGCCGGACCUUAAAGUACGAGACACAGCCUAUGCAAGUGACCUAUGAUAAAAGGUGCCGUUACGAGUUCCAAUCCAGAGCCAAAACUACGACCUACUGCGGGAAUAUAUCCAGUGACUUCGGUGACGUUGUAUUCUAUGGGCCACCAGACAAAAUACGAGCCCUGAUUCAUUUCAGGGCCACCAAUGAAGACAAGUUUACAAAAAGCAAGCAGGCUCCAAAAAAACUAUGGGAGUGAGUAAUUUGUAACUUGUGAACUGUUCAUAUUCAUAACAUAAUUCUCGGUCACAACGGCAACUGUUCCCCUAGUGAUCAAGCAUUCUGUUUCAAUAUGAAAUCAGCACAGUUGCAGAUGGCAUUGUCGAAAAUUGUUGUUUGGUAACUGUACAUUUGUUUUGGAGCUGCCCCUACACUGUCACUUUUUGGAAAGAUUUUGUCGAGUAUAUUCGUUGCAACAUUUAUGCUCUAUUUUCACUACUGUACAAAGAUGUGCUGUUUGGAUUUUAUGAUGUCAGCAUUUCAAAACAAAAACAAUUCUAUAUCAUUAAUCUAUCUAUUAUCUUAGCGAAAUUCCAUAUUCAUCAGAGAAAAUUUUGUAACAGAAAACCCUUGUUCAAAAUUUUGAUGAAUGAAAUGCGGCAAUACUUAGAAACCAUUCAGCACUCCACAAACUCCAAAGCUAUAAAGACUCUGAAAAUAUGUAAACAAUUUAAUUGUUUGAGCUGCUGAACUUUUUUAUUUAUUUGUUUGUUUAUUGUAUUUCUUUUUCUUUUCUCUUAACCCUGGCAUAUUUGUUCUGUUCAUGUCUGGGACUACUUGUUUUGUACAAGAAUUGAAAUAAAGUGUUGGGGGGGAAAAAAAACUCAUCAUGUCUUUUUAUCGACGACUACUGAUGACAUAUAUUUCUUCUUUGAACUGACAGACUGGACGGAGUUUUGGCAUAUUGCUGCCCCUGACAGUCUUAAAACGUAUUUGCCUUUGAGGGGUGUCCCAUUUUAAAGUCACAAGAUAGCCCUUAACACUUGGUUUUGAGGGCUAGUGAGAUUAAGGGUUGAGCUUGAGAAUUAAGAUUGAGGGUUAAGAUAGGAAUUGGGAUUGGGCCUAAAUUUUAUAUAAUUUUCAUAUGUAUGUUUUUUUUUAAAAAGUUUGAUAAGGAAGUGAAAUCCAUUUUAACAAUGACAUGAUUCCUGAAAUCUCAUGAAGCGAACACUGGAAAAUAGUGCACUGAUUUUCCCCAACUUUCUCCAGCAACUUAAAGUCUUCUGUACAGAAGUAUGUAGUAGCAAAUGAGAGGGGAGGACAGUCAAUGCAGCUAAAAUAACAUGACAAUUGCAUUUCAGCCAAUUUCAGGUGAGCUCGUUGUAGAUUUGUGUCAUACCAGUUUCCUUUUGAUGUAACUGGCACACACACUUUGGCGCUUUUGUGGGGUCUUCUUCGCAAAAUUUGAAACUAUUCCAGACAUUUGACAUUUUUUCCAUCUUGCUAACAUAUCUGUAAGCCUGACACAUGUGGUCAAACUGUCCCAGUUUCAGUAGAGCUGGACUGCAGGUGACUGGCAUUAGACGAGAGCGAGUCGGAGUCACAAAACCAUUGCAAAGUUUAAAUGUCCUUGUCUGAAAAUAACUAAAAAUAAUUCAUGCUGAUGAUGAAUAAUGACGUUGGACUAAUAUUUCUGAAUUUAUGGGAUUUGUGAGGUAAUGCUUGUAUGAGUUACCCUACAUGUGUAUGAACAGGGCAUUUGAAUACUAUUUUUGAUGUUGAUUACCAUGGCAAUGAUUGAAGCUUCGAAGCAUUUUAUGGGCUGUAAGAAGAUGUUUUAGAAAAAUAAACAGUAGGUCUGUAUGUCAAUACAAUAAUAAAAUAAUAGAACAAUUGUCAAGCGUUUGGGAAAAAAAAAAUAUUUCUAUAUCUAUAUAAAAUUUUUUAAAAAGCCUAUUAUAUAUGAUCGAAAAAAUCCUAAGAAUAUCACUGUACAAUAUUCACAGGAAGUAAUCUGCUCACAAUUCAUCCAAGUUACUCGUUUUCCACAUACUUGGAUUAAUUAUCAGUUAUUAAAUGUAAUAUGAAAUAUCUAUAAAAUAUGUCACUUAGGCAUUGUUAGUUUACUCAAUGACAGUAAAAGGGUCCCUUAAGGAAAAAUGUUGGGAACCACUGUUUUAAGCCAUCAUUUAGCCAGUAUUGGACACCAUCAGUUGUUCCCCAUUAUGUUGAAGAGCUUUUAAAAGUUAUGGUAUUAUUAGUAUUAUUAAGAGCCAUCUUUGGUGUUUUUUCUGCAUAUAGAAUUUAUUAACCAAUGCUUUUUAUGAGAAAAUCACAUGUUGACUUUGACUGCAACUAUUGCAUUAAGACUUGGAAGUUUCUCCACUUCCUAAUGUGCUGCAACAAUAUUUUGUCAACUAUCACAUGUAACAUAAGAAAAAAUGUCUUGAAAAUGUCUUGAAAGCUGAAGGAAAGGUGUCUCUCUUCG